AUGGCUCGUCUGUUUGCAGCACCGUCAUCGAGAAACAGCACCUAUUAUAGACAGUUUGAUUGCGGUGAUGUAUUUCAAGGAUUGGUCGUCGAGACUGAAAUUGACAACGUCGACACCUUAAGCAACUUUCGGGGUGUGUCCAACGUCUGGCCAAUGAAGACUGUGCCCAUGACAUCCGCCAUACAGAGAGUAAAGGCUGCUUCUGAACCCAAAUAUCACAACUAUUCAAUGCAUCAAUGGACCGGCGUCGAUCAGCUUCACGCUCAAGGUAUUCGAGGCAAAGGCGCCACCGUUGCAAUUAUCGAUACAGGCGUCGAUUACACCCACGAAGCGCUUGGCGGGUGUUUUGGCCCAGGCUGCAAAAUUGCUGGAGGCUACGAUCUUGUUGGUACAAAUUGGAACUCGCAUAAUGAGAAAAAGUUUCCAAGGGAGCCAGAUCAAGAUCCUAUGGAUUUUCAUGGCCACGGAACCCAUGUGGCCGGCAUCAUUGCAGCGGAAAACGAAUGGCUUGUUGGAGUUGCUCCUGAUGCACAGGUUCUUUCAUUCAAAGUUUUUGCCGACAAUCCCUGGGACACUGACGAAGAUGUACUCAUCCAGGCGUUUUGUGACGCAUAUGGUGCUGGGGCCGACAUCAUUACGGCAAGUAUCGGCAGACCUGAUGGGUUUGCUGAUGAUCCCUGGGCUCUCAUUGCCAGCAGAAUUGCCGACAAGGGUGUUGUGGUCACAAUUUCAGCCGGGAAUGAAGGCAACACUGGACCGUUUUAUUCAAGCAGCGGCGCCAACGGCCAUAAUGUCGUGUCUGUGGCUGCCAUUAACGUAACUGGAAAUCCAAAUAUCAGCACUUCUGAUCCCAACGCAGCGCCUCUUCCCGCUCUAUUUACCUCAUGGGGCCCAACGAAUGAGUUGCUGCUCAAACCUGAUAUUGGCGCUCCAGGAUUCGAGAUCGUUAGCACGGUGCCAGGCAACAGCUACGAGUCUAUGAGCGGGACAUCCAUGGCCGCACCAUAUAUCGCAGGCGUUGCGGCGCUGUACAUAUCCAAGCACGGUGGCCGUGAACUACAUGGUCCGGGAUUUGCAAAAAUGCUAGCAAACCGUAUCGUUUCCAGUGGAAUCAGCAUUGGCUGGGCUGCUGAUCAUGUUGAUUCCCGGUUCAGAGCUCCUCCAUUUCAAGUAGGUACCGGCCUUGUCAACGCUCUCAAAGUCAUCAAUCAUGUUACUCAGCUAUCCUUUGAACCAUUUUCUCUGUCAGAUUCCGUACAGUUUCGCCCCAAGUGGAACGUCGACAUAACCAACUCGGGGAACCAAACAGUUGCAUAUUCUUUUGAGCUUGAGCCGCAAGCUGGAGUAGAAAUCCUGGAUCCGCAUUACGGGAUUAAAACAGUCUAUCAGCUCGAGCCGUUGCAGAUUGUGCCACCAGUAGUGCUGCCUGAAGAUGUCAUCUUAUCUCCUGGAGAGACGCGGCAGGUCGAGUUCAUCUUCGGCCCACCAGAGGGUAUAAGUGAUGAUUAUCUACCUUUAUACGGCGGAAAGAUUUGGGUCAGAGGAAACAAUGACGAAAACCUCUCCAUUCCCUACGGAGGGGCAGCUUACGAUACCGAGAAAGCCUUCGACACCAUGUUUUUGGGAGACCCCUUCAUCACAGAUUGGGGUGCGAAUUGGACGUGGUCUUUCAACCCAACCAGAAACCGGUUCGACUUUAUUGAGCUAUCCGCACGUCUCAAUUACCCGUGCGUUCAUCUCCGCUGGGAUAUCUUCGAUACAUAUUGGACAGAGAACCGCUGGCAAUAUCCCCCCAUUGUCGGGAAAUUCGGCUAUAUAGGCUCUGCAGCUACAAUGAAAGAUGCUGAUACCUUUUGGUAUUUCGACCCAAACCGUAUGAACAAGGACGACACGAUAUCAUUUCCGCAACUGAGAGUCCCUCGGGGCUAUGCCAAACAUUGGUGGUUUGGCAAGCUGGCAAACGGAAGCCAUAUUGCGCCAGGCAAUUAUACGUUCCGCUUCGCCGCUUUGCGGCCUUAUGGCAACCCCAACAUCUCCGAUCACUGGGAUAUAAUGCAGAUGCCUGUUCGACAUAUCGGAGUGUUGCCACUUAAUGGGACAAAUUCCACCUUGCACUGA